GGCGGGGCUGGACCGGACCGAGCCCAGCUGAGCCGAGCCUAGCUGGGCUGAGGGGGGCCGAGCCGAGCCAAGCGGAGCUGAGCUGAGCUGAGCCGAUCCGAUCCAAUUCAAGCUGAGCUGAGCUGAACCGAUCCGAUCCAAGCUGAGCUAAGCUGAGCCGAUUCGAUCCAAGCGGAGCUGAGCCGAGCCGAGCUGAGCCGAGCCGCCCCGGGCCCUCCCGCCGCCCGCCCGGCUGUUGACAAGCGGCGGCGGGAGUCAGCGCGCUCGUCCCCAUGUGGCGGACGCUGGCCCUCGCCUCCGCCUUCUUCCCGGGGCUCUUCGUCCUCUGCAUCCGGUUGCUGCGCUGGGCCGCCCCAGGAUGGAGCCUCAAGGACCGCAUCCUGCUCAGCGGCAGGCUGGUGUCAACGGUCCAAGCCACGAUGGCCACAGUGUCGGGGAUCACAGUUAUCCUCAGCUGCAAGAACGUGGUGUACGACAGGCACUGGCUGGCUGUGGAGUACAUCUGGGUCCUCGUUCCCUACAUGACUUAUGACAUCUAUGUCAUGUACCUCUGCCACUGGCACAAGAGCCUGGAAAAGGGAAUCGCAGAGAAGAAGCACUCACUGGCCAGCGUGUGGAGCUUCCUCCUGCAGGAGCGGCUGAUGGUGACUCACCACCUCUUCAUCCUCAUCGUGCUCACCCCCAUCACCCAGCACUUCAGGGGAGAGCUGGGGGACUUCUUCGUGGGCUGCAUCUUCACAGCAGAGCUGAGCACGCCUUUCGUAUCCCUGGGCAAAAUCCUCAUGCAGCUCAAAAUGCAGGACACGCUCCUGCACAAGGUGAACGGGAUCCUCAUCCUGGUGACCUUCUUCCUCUGCCGCAUCCUCCUCUUCCCCUUCAUGUACGCGGCCUACGGGCGGCAGGUGGGGAUGCCCGUGUACAUGGUGCCUUUCCGCAUCCCGCUGCACUGCAACAUCGCCAACGCCUCCCUCAUCGCCCCCCAGAUCUACUGGUUCAGGCUCAUCUGCCGCAAAGCCGCCCGUCUCUACGGCCGCCCGCCCGCCGACCGGAGCAGAUAACGGCCGGCCCUGCCAGCCCAGCCGGGGGCUGCAACGGGGUCGGUCCCCCCAGGGGCUGAACAGGGUCAGCCCCCCCGGCUCUCCCGCCAUCACUGCAGGGACCAGAGCAGGAGCAGGGAUAGCAGGGAUAGCGCGGGGCCAUCCCUGCUGGAAGCAGCCUCACGUCUCCACCGCCGUGCCAGGCAGCGCCAGCCUGGGCUAGGAAGGCUUUCCUCCCACACCGCUCCAGCGCCUUGUGUCCACCCGCCCGUGGGAGCCCGGGGUGGGAGCUGGAUCGUAAGCACAACAUUCCAUUCUGGGGUUCAACGCCGUGGCACGGAACUAACGGUUACACGAGAGGGGUUUGUUACAACCCCCCCGCUGCAUGUUCCAGGGCUGACACCAGACACCGGCAUGGUGGUGUGGAGGAGCCUGCAGACAGAGGAGGGGAUCCUGCAGCAUCCAGCCCUUACAGCAGAACGGAUGGGGAUGGGGAGCUGUGCGCCAGACCUGCCGCAGCCCCAGCUCACUCUUCCAGCUCCAGCUCAGCCUCCAGCCGAGAGCAGAGCCAGGCCUGGAGCUGCAGCACAGUUCUGCAGAGCUGUUCCUGACCUUUCCCGACUUCACCUCUACACUACAGCCCUGUUCAGCCUCUGACCUUCCACAUGCACCUCCUGCUGCUGCUGCUGGGCUCAAGCUCACUUAAAACUCCACUUAACCCGAA